AUGUCUGAGCCCCCGGCUACCCCCAGUGGUGAUCCAAGUACCUCGACUGCCGCAGCGCCUGCCCCAAAACCCUGCAAAAUCUGCUCGGCCCCUGCAAAGUACACCUGCCCCCGGUGCUCGUCCACCACCUGCUCCCUGGCCUGCGUCAAGCUACACAAACAGAACGACACCUGCUCUGGGGUUAGAGAUCCCGCAAAAUAUGUGCCUCUGAAUCAAUUUACCCAAGGGACGUGGUCGGACGACUACAAGUGGCUGGAAGAUGGGAGAAGGCAGGUUGCUGGUUGGGGUCAAGGGGUCAAGGUGGAAGAGGUGGAGGGGGGCGGGAAUGCAGGAAGAGGUCGUGGGCGUGGUAGGGGCGGUCCCGCAGGAAGGGGACAGAAGCGAAGUCGGACAGAUGGAAUGAGGAGGGAGCUUUUGAAGUGGGGAUGUAGAGCAGAGUUUAUGCCAGAAGGAAUGGGCAGGAAGAAGAUGAACCAGUCGAGCUGGAAUCAAAAGUCUGGACAGCUACAUUUGACAAUACACUUGAUCAUACCCCAUACGCUACUAGCAGAACCCACAACAUCACCCUCUUCGUCCUCCAAGACCAUCGCUCAUCCGCGAGUCCUGUUUGCAUCCAACGAUGACUCUGCGACCCUGCCGAAUCUCUCUUCAUUUCUUCCCCCUCUCAACACACCCGUAGUAGAGCUUCAGCUAUUACUACCCUUCUACUCGACCCCUUCCCACCCUGCACCAGCGCACGAGCUGCAUCAGCAGCUCUUCUACCCGCCACUCGACGCCGACAAGCCUCUCAAAGAGGUCUUGCAAGGCGCGGCGUGGGUAGAGUUUCCCGAAAUACGGGUGAUGCUCAAAGACGAGUGGGAGAAGAAGGUUCAGAAGGGAGAGGUGGUCAUUAUCGGUCGGGAGGAGACGCAAUAUGACGGUGUCGCUGGUGUCGCCGAGAGAACGAGGGACUCUGGCUGGGGAGCCAAGAGAAGUGGGGCGCCGCUGACGGCUGGAGGAGCCGGGGCAGCAGUACCUGCAAAGAAGGCCAAGGUCGAUGCGGGGACGAGUCUGCUUGCCCUUGGAGAUUAUGCAUCGGACGAAGACAGCGAUGAAGAGGUGGGAGAGGAAGGGCAGAUCGAGGAGGGUGAGGACGAGGGUGAAGACCCUUCGCCUGAAGUGAUGGAGGCAGUUGGGCGAGCGCUCAUAGCAGACCUUGGAGAAGCAUAA